AUGUUUUGGAAUCCUUCCUUUUUCGGCGGCUCUCUUGAGCUCUUCCAAGCUCCCACGCUGGACGCGCUGCGAGGGAGGCGCAAGCAGGUUCGCCCGGGGCGCCUCAAAAAAGGAUGUUCAGGUCUUCGUCCAGAGGCCUCACUCUCUGUCUCGUUCCGCAGCUCUUCGCCUCCUUCUCACCCCAAAAGAGAGGCAUGCGCAAACGCCUCAUCCACUCCUUCGGCCGUGCCCUCUGCGGACGUGCCCACGCAGCUCCGCGGGCUCACGAAGCAGCUGCGUGUCUUUCGCUUUGACCCCAGCCUCUUUGACUCGCCUCGUCUUCUUCCCUCUUCUUCAUUCUACGAGUGCAUCUCCGCCUCAGGCUGUCUCUCCCCUCUCGCCGACGGCCUGGAUCUGGCUGAAGCCUCCUCUACCCCGUCUACAAGCCGGUGGCGGCUCGUGGUCCCGACUGCGCAGCCCGGCGGCGGAGGCGACGCCGGGCGCGCUGAAAGCGAGAGGGCGUUUGCGGCGGCAUGCGUCUUCGAUGGAGCCGCAAGUCGAGAAACGCUCCUCCGGUCGCUCUCUGCAGCUGCGCAUGCCUCGCGCCUCGAAGUUUUCGCGCUUGCGAAAGAGCAAGGGAAACGCCGCCAUCCCAGAGAAGAGGCCCCGCGAGACGACGGCCGCGACGCGGUCGCGCGAAGCGCAGAUGCCGGCAAGGAGAACGCAGGACAGAGUUGCGGGCGCGCUGACGCCGGAGGGCGGCUGAGUGCAGGCAAGCAAAACGGGAAACUGGGGUCUCGGGGUGGAGAGAAGAGCUCGGGAACGCGAAAGGCGAGCAAGAGACAUGAAGAGUAUGCGCGGCAGAGAGAGGCCCUCGAGGCGGCACGACAGGCUGAAGACGAGGCGUUCGUGCAGAAACUAAAGGCUGAAGAAGAAGAAAGGAAGCGAAUCGAAGCAGAGAAAGAGCGCAGACGCCGCGAGGAGGAAGCCGCGCUCGCGAAGGCGGAGCGCAAAGCACUUGAGGAGGCCGAAAGGGCGAGGAAGGCGGAGGAGGAGCGACGCCGGCGAGAAGAAGAAGAGGCAAGAAAGAAGCAAGAGGCGGAGCGGCAGCAGAGGGAAGAAGAAGAGCGCAGGCGAAAGGAGGAAGAGGAGCGCAAGAAGCAGGAGGAAGCGGAGCGGAAGAAGAAGGAAGAAGAGAAGCAAAGAGAAGACGAGAGGCGCGUGGCAGAGGAGAGACAAAAACAGGAGGCUGCAGUUGCCCAGAGUGCGCCGCAAGCCGGGGAGACGAAGAACGAAAACGAAGGCGACAACCCUCUGGACGCGUUCCUGCCACACCCUUCAGACCCCUCGGGCGCCGGCACCUACUUGAAGGCGGUCUUCGUGCUUCUCCAAGAGGCGAGCCGCACUCGAGAUAUCCCCCUAACGCAGCUCCCGGGCAUGAGUGAGGCACAGGUGAAGGCGCUCAGGAUUGAGAUCAAGAAGAAAAUCAACACGGCGCUGAAUCAGCUGGCGAGCACGACUUCGCAAGUUAUUCGAACCUGCGAGACGCUGCGCGAGUUCCAGCGACGCCUGAAGGCUGGGCCGAAUGACGCCCUGAACUUCUUCCGCUUUCAGCUCUGCGACAGGCUUCUCCAGCUCGCCGACAAAGGGGGCCAAGUUAGCACGAGGCCGAGCGCCGCUUGGGCCUACGCCUUUUUGGUUCGUGGCCUCGUUCAAGAGGAUCCGCCUCUCGAGCGGUGGCUGAAAGCUCAUGUCUACGCUGCCUGCUGCUACGCCGCGCCGUUUUAUUACCGAAAAAAGCAGGGCCAGUCCCUCGAGCAGUUUAAGACCGUGCGAGGGCAGAGAGAGAGCGAAGAUGAAGAAGCGUUCUUUGCCCGCAUGGCGGCCUGUCUCCGCCUCUGGCUCGCGUACCUGGUUGCUGCUCACAAAGAGGACGAGGUCUGGUCGUGGUUCGCGCGCUUCAUAAACCUCAACCUGGCUGGACCGAAGGCCGCCCGCAGAGUCUGCGCAUGCGCGCUGGUAGUGGGCCUGAAGGUCGCGGGCGCCGCGGCGCUGAAGGUGUACGGACGGCAGUUCCAGAAGGUCAUCGACGUCGUGCAGACGCACCUCAAGCCGCUCCUCGUCGCGAUGCAACAAAAGAGCGGGGCAAGCUACCUGUCGAUGUAUGCGACUCAACUCGAGACGCUGCUGUCGGACUACUACGCAAACAACCGCACGCUACCGGAGCCGGAAGGAAAAGCGAUGAAGAUGGAGGCGACAGAGGCGAACCCUGAUGUCUAG